AUGAAUGGAAUACCAGUAAAGCUACUAAAUGAGGCACAGGGACAUAUUGUCUCUCUCGAACUAACAACGGGAGCAACUUACCGUGGUAAACUUGUUGAAAGCGAAGAUAGCAUGAACGUACAGCUAAGAGACGUAGUAGCUACAGAACCUCAGGGAGCCGUAACGCACAUGGAUCAAAUAUUCGUACGUGGGUCGCAGAUCAAAUUCAUCGUUGUCCCAGAUCUCUUAAAAAAUGCACCAUUAUUCAAAAAAAACUCAUCAAGACCUAUGCCACCCAUAAGAGGACCCAAGAGAAGGUGA